AUGUUCCCAGAUGAGACGCACCAGUUUAAAGGAAUACUACAUUUACUGUUGCAUUUUGGAUGGAUCUGGGUUGGGUUGAUUUCUCUGUACGAGGAGGACAAAGAGAGAUUCAUUGAAAAGAGGCUUCCUAUAUUUUCAGAGAGAGGAAUCUGCUUUGACUUUAUAGAAAAUAUCCCCCAAGUAAUGUAUGGUAAUGAAGCUGCUGAGAUGGUGGAGGAGGCGGAUAAAUUAUACAAAGUCAUCAUGGGGAGCGCAGCCAUUGCAGUGGUCGUGAAUGCUGAAAUUACAUCUGUGGUGACUUUGAGAGUUAUUAUCUAUGGUUUAGAUUCUGAUGAUAUUCUGAAAGAGAGAAAAACCAAAGUGUGGAUUAUGACAGCCCAAGUGGAGUUCACCUCCAUUCUUAUGCAAAGAAAGUUGCCUCUUGGUUUUCUCCAUGGUGCACUUUCCUUUGCAAUUCACUCAAAAGAGCUAACAGGAUUCCAGCAAUUUUUGCAGAAGAGAAACCCAAACUUUGACAAAGAAGAUGGUUUCAUUAGGGAUUUCUGGAAAGAUGCAUUUGAAUGCUCCUUCUCCAGUGAUAUUACAGAUGGGAAUUCUAACAGGAUCUGCACUGGAGAGGAGAAGCUGGAGACUCUUUCUCAAUCUGUGUUUGAAAUGAGCAUGACAGGCCACAGCUACAGCAUCUAUAAUGCAGUCUAUGCUGUGGCACAUGCUUUGACAGCCAUGUGUGCCUCCAAAAAUGGUAGAAUAAUUGAUGAGAACAGAUGGAAUCUUUUCUUUCAAUCAUCAUGGCAGGUCCAUCGUUUUUUGCAGAAAGUCUCCUUUAACAACAGUGCUGGGGAAGAUAUUUCUUUUGGCCCCAAUGGGGAAUUAGUAACUGGAUUUGAUAUUCUAAAUUGGGUGACAUUCCCAAACAUGUCCUUUCUGAGAGUUCAAAUUGGAAAGAUUGACCCCAUGGCUCCCCCAGAUAAGCUCCUCACCAUUUCUGCCAAGGAUGCUGUUUGGCCACUCAUAUUUAACCAGACAUUGCCUCUUUCUCUCUGUAAUGAGAAAUGUCCUGUUGGUCAUAGCAAGAUAAAAGUGGAAGGGAAGUUAUCUUGCUGCUACGACUGUCGACGGUGUCCAGAAGGGAAGAUAGCUGACCAAAUGGACUCAGACUAUUGUUUCCCAUGCCCAGAAGAUCAAUAUCCAAACAAAAAUCAGGAUUGUUGUCUUCAAAAAAACAUAACUUACUUGACUUAUCAAGAGCCUUUGGGGAUUUCUUUGGUAGCCAUAGCCGUCUCCUUAUCUUUAAUGUCAGCUUUAAUACUAGGGAUCUUCAUUAAACACUGGGACACCCCUAUUGUCAAAGCCAACAACAGGAACCUCACCUAUACUCUUCUCAUUGCUCUCCUGCUCUCUUUCCUUUGCACUUUUCUCUUCAUUGGGCAACCUAACCAAGUAAAAUGUCUUUUGCGACAAACAGCUUUUGGCAUAAUUUUCUCUCUGGCUCUCUCUUGUAUAUUGGGUAAAACAACCAUUGUUGUUCUUGCUUUCAUGGCUACUAAGCCAGGCUCAAAAAUGAAGAAAUGGGUGGGGAAAAGGAUGGCUCUUUCUAUUGUCCUACCAUGCUGCCUGAUGCAAUUCACCAUUUGUGCAGUGUGGUUAGCAAUUUUUCCCCCUUUCUCCGAUUCUGACAUGCACUCCAUGGCUAAAGAAAUUCUCCUGCAAUGUAAUGAGGGUUCAACCACAAUGUUUUAUGCUGUCCUUGGCUUCAUGGGGUUCUUGACUGCUGUCAGUUUCAUGGUGGCCUUCCUAGCUAGGAAUUUACCUGACAGUUUCAAUGAAGCCAAAUUCAUCACCUUCAGCAUGUUGGUCUUUUGUAGUGUCUGGCUAACGUUUGUUCCUACCUAUUUGAGCACCAAGGGAAAAUAUAUGGUGGCUGUGGAGAUCUUCUCCAUUUUGGCUUCAGCAGCUGGAUUAUUGCUCUGCAUAUUUCCCCCCAAAUGCUAUAUCAUUAUACUGAGACCUGAUCUCAAUAAGAAAAAGCAACUAAAAAAGAGAUAA